AUGCCAAUAGAUCCUGAUUACUUGAAAGCCAGUAACGGUAGUGGCGAGGCUGUCCAAGCUAUUCUCGUAACCGAUCGUUCGGUCGGCAACUCCGAGUUCAACGUGGACUCAGUUCUUAACUGGCCAGCGAAGUUUAUAGCUACAGUAGGUACGCUUGACGCUAGCACUGGUACUCUCGACCCUAACACUAUCACAGUAUUUUUCGGUAGUCUUAGUGGUAGCUACAUCGAAAUAGAUAGUUUUGCACCUGGCUAUUCAGACACUGGCAAUACUCAGGAUCAGAUUAUAGUCCUAAAACCCACUACAGCAUGGUCUGAUGGCAUAGCUGAAACUAUACAAGCUAGCGGUAGUGGCGAUAUGUCGGCCGCUGUUUAUGACCCAACCAAUGUAGCUAGUGAUGCUUUCGACCAAGACAACAUGGCAGACGGUACAACCAACAAGAAUUACACAGCUACCGAACAGAGUAAGCUGGCCGGCAUUGAGGAUCUGGCAGACGUAACAGACACGACUAAUGUUACCGCCGCUGGUGCAUUGAUGGAUUCAGAACUUGCAAGUAUUGCUGACGUUAAAGCCCUAGACCAGAGCGUAAUAAGUGGUGCAUCUCCUGUAUUCGCUACAACUAAUAUGACAGAGGGUACAGACAAGAACUUUGUAACAGAUGCCGAGGCUACUAUAAUCGGUAACACAUCAGGGACAAACACUGGCGACCAAGACAUCUCGGGGAUCGCUACAAAUGCUAGUGCGAUAGCACUCAGGCAAUUAAUAUUAGCUGAGGGUGCUUUUGUAGAUGGCGAUAAGACAAAGCUCGAUGGCAUAGAGGAUGGUGCAGACAUUACUGACACUACCAACGUCACGAGUGCAGGGGCGUUAAUGGAUAGCGAGGUGACUAACCUUGCUCAAGUUAAGGCUUUCAGUUCUGCUGACUACGCUACGGCAGCUCAGGGCGCUUUGGCUGACUCUGCUACACAACCAGGCGACCUAGCCACUGUAGCCACUACUGGAGCAUACAGUGACCUGUCAGGUACUCCAACCAUCCCAACGUCCGUAGACCAGCUUAACCCUAGCCAAACAAGUAAUGCUGGUAAAUUCCUCAAGACCGAUGGCACAAACGCCACGUGGGAGUCUAUUCCUGGUGGCGGUGAUAUGCUUAUUGCUACCUAUGACCCCGCAGGUGUUUCAGAGCAAUUAGUCGGAUUGACGGCUACCCAGACCCUCACCAACAAAACCAUCAAUGCCAACAACAACACCAUCACAAACCUUGCCCACGGUGCCGAAGUUGAUGAUCCCUCCAGCGGUGUUCACGGUGUCUCUGGUUCUGUUGUUGGUACCAGUGACACGCAGACGCUGACGAACAAAACCCUGACUGCGCCAGUCCUAAACACAAGCAUAAGCGGUACAGCGUUCCUCGAUGAAGAUAACAUGGCGAGUGAUUCAGCUACGAAGGUAGCAUCACAGCAAUCUAUCAAAGCCUAUGUAGAUGCUGCGAUAACAGCCGCAAAAUCAGCAUUAUAUCCUGUUGGCUCAUAUUAUAUCAACGAAACAGACUCAACAAACCCAGCGACCUUGCUUGGUUUCGGUACUUGGUCUGCUGUAACUGACGUAUUCCUAGUCGGUCAUGGUUCAACUUAUACUACUACUGGCGGUUCAGCGACUGCAACUUUAGUUGCGAAUAAUAUACCAUCGUUGACACUUAAUGGUAUUACUACCUAUAAGAACGGUUCUUCAGACACAGCAAAUCGAAUAUCGGGCAACAAUACAGGUGGUUCAGGAGUUUCCACUAACGGAAGUGUUACUCCAAGUUACACUAAUGGCUCUCCCACGGCAGUCGAUACAAUUCCACCAUAUCAAGCGACAUACAUAUGGAUAAGGACAGCAUAA